AUGAGCAACACCAGCAUCGCUAUCCCCAUCCUUCAGCUAAACUUCGCUACCGGCACGGCUGACGGAUGCAUCCAGGCUAUUUGUGGGUUCUCCAACACGACGCGAUGCGGCUUGGAGCCACGUGAAGUAGAGACAAAGAUCAAGACGGCUAUCGACGCCAAGAGUUGCCCCACCGACCGCUCGUUCGUCAAGAUUACCACCACCGGUGUGGACAAGUUGCUCUUGGUCGACCAGUACGCUGGCACCUGUACUUUCAAUAACGCUGCAUGCGCUGUGGCUGUGUGCGGCAUUCAAGGGACUGCAGUCAAUGUCACCGACGGCAAGUCGAUGUGCCACUCCGACCCGGCCGUCGCCGACGCAGCUGUGGCUGGCCAGUAUUGGUUCACCACCAACGGCACCGCCUGCAAGGACGACAAGCCGACCUGCAAGGGUUUCGACGACUACGCCAAGCCGAGUAGCCCGGCAGCAAAGUCGGGAUCCGUUCUCAAUCUCUCGACUUCUACACCGCUCGCCGUCCUAGCCGUGACAACCGGUCUCGUCGGAAUCCUGGGUGCUUGUGGCUGCGCGAUUGCUUAG